AUAUCUGGGAGGCCCCGCAUACGCUCGAGCGGAUUACAGAAGAGCCGCAGUAAAUAGGGCGUGGUCGGGCUUUGAUCUGAUCUAUAUAACCUGACGCUUCGCCAUUGAGAGCUACCCCAAGCUUCAGAUCGACACUUCGACAACUCAACCGUUCUUCAUCAUGGCCAUUCAACUCGAGGGCAAUGCCCUUCUCUACACAGUCACCACCCUGACAUGUCUUGGUUUCCUUCUUAUUGGCUUCGACAAUGGCUUGAUGGGCGGCUUCAUCAACAGUCCUGCCUUUACUGAAACCUUUGGCAUCGACAAAACUACGAACAAAGGCACCAAUCUGAUUGCCAUUAUUGUGGCAAUCUAUGAAAUUGGCUGUUUCAUUGGAGCUGUCAUCACCAGUUUCAUUGGUGAGAGCCUUGGUAGACGAAAGUCUAUCCUGAUCGGUGUUCUCAUCAUGAUCGUUGGUGCUCUCUUGCAAGCCACCGCAUACCACAUCCCUCAUAUGCUUGUGGGGCGCAUUGUGAGCGGAGUUGGAAUGGGCUUCAUCAACUCGACAGUACCGGUUUUGCAGGCUGAGUUCUCGCCAAAAGCCUCUCGUGGUAGAUAUGUCUGCGCACAGCUUUCGACUCUGAACUUCGGAAUCAUGAUGGUAUACUGGAUUGACUACGCGUUUUCGACACUGGAAAACGGGCGUAGCACUAGCUACAUCUGGCGGGUGCCCACCAUUCUCCAGUGUGUCUUCCUAAUUCCCAUGAUCUUCAUCGUCUUCAUUAUCCCCGAGACGCCUCGCUGGCUUGCUGCCAGAGAUCGUAAUGAGGAAGCUCUUGAGAUCUUGACCCGCCUUAACAAAGGCAAGAUGAGCCAUGAGGAGAUUCAAAGCAUCCACAGCGACAUUGUUCGUACUGUGGCCAUUGAGAGAUCUAUCGGCGCUGGAACUUGGGGUGACCUUCUCAAGAACGACAGCAUCCAGAGCAGACGCAGAUUCCUCAUUGCUUGCGGCAUUCAGGCUUUCCAGCAACUCGGUGGUAUCAACGCAUUGAUUUACUACUCUGGCACGAUCUUCCAAGACAGCUUGGGCUUCGACGCUCACCUUUCUGGUCUCAUGUCAGGAUUCUUGAAUACCUGGUUCUUCUUGGCUUCUUUCAUUCCUUGGUUCUUGAUCGACAAGGUCGGACGCCGCCCUCUUUUGCUGUCAAUGGUCAGCUUGAUGGCAGGUGUAAUGGCAGUCCAAGCAGCUCUGGUCUACCAAACUCAGCAAGAAACAUCUAUUGCUCACUCUGCUGGUAUCGGCGCCGCUGCCAUGCUGUUCAUCUUCCAAGGUGCCUUCACCGUCGGUUUCCAAGCCACCGUCUGGGUCUACCCAUCCGAGAUCCUUCCCCUUCGUCUCCGCCAGAGAGGUUCUUCAAUCUCCACCGGUACCAACUGGAUCAUGAACUUCUUGAUCGUCUACAUUACUCCCCCUGCCAUCAGAAACAUCAAGUGGAGAACCUACAUCAUCUUCGCUGUGCUCAACGCCACUUGGGUACCCAUCAUGUACCUCUUCUUCCCAGAAACCAAGGGACUCGCUCUCGAAGAUGUUGACAGACUGUUCACCAAGGAGGGUUUUGAAGAGGGCUUCGAUGCCGCUAUGGAUGAGAAGAAUGUUUCAUACCUCACCGACAGGAUUGAGAAGGUCUAAAGAUCAUUGCUCUGCCUUUGACGUGCUGAUUAGUAAGAGUAACUUUUGGGAGGAAAUGUAUGAGCUACG